AUGCCUCGAUUUCUCGUCGGUGAUGAACUGGGCAACAUAAAAUCGGUGGGGUACAACCCAGCUUCGCAAGAGGAAUCAAAAACAACCUUUAAAAUUCUUCAUGAUGGUACUGUCACUGGCAGAACUAAAGGCAUUCAAAAACUCGCGCUGAACGCGGGGGAGAAGACAUUGCUAUCAGCUGCUCAUGCUAAUGGAGCGGUUUCAAUUUUCUCCUCGAAUGAAGAUGAUCAACUCGAGUUACUCCAAGAGUGGAAGGAAACUCGAAUCAAAAGCGAUCAGUCUUUCAUCGGUCUUGCUGCUUCAGGCAGUGGUGUUAGCCAUAAUCUUGCUGCCUUGCCGUCUCGACUAUGCGACUGGCGUCUCUCACAUGACAAACAGACUGUAGAAGUAUCUCUCUGGGAUACAGAGCGUGCAUUUUCCCGUCCGUCUGAAAGUUCCGCAAAAGGUGCACCAGUUAAUGGUAGCAAAAAACGGAAACAAAGCGAUACACUUUUUCCUGGGGAAGUUUGGCGCGCCAAAAAUGUCCCAAAUGAUUUUCUCGGACUGCGGCAGCCCGUUCACAAUACAUGUUUAACUUACCUCUCGCCAUCAACAUCUACGAGCCAACAGCAUCUUCUUGCAGGCACACGUCUCGGUGAUAUGCGUCGUUACGACACUCGUGCUGGGCGGCGACCUGUCGCUGUGUUUAAGGGAGUAGGGAAGGUUGGUGGCGUAAAAACAGUAGAGAAGGGAUUCUCAGAACAUGAGGCCUUCAUCUCAGACAACGGCUCAAAUGUGUAUGCGGUUGACUUACGGAAUGGGAGUAUCUCAUAUGGGUACAAAGGCCUAUCGGGCACUGCCAUCUCACUGGCUGCAUCCCCAACCUACUUAGCUUCGGCGUCGAUAGAUCGAUAUAUACGCAUACACAGCGUUGUCCAACUUCCUGAUAAAGUUGGGCAGCACCUUGACAAGAAGGGCACGGUUUUAGAGCGCGUCUUCAUGACAACAAUACCGACGGCUGUUGUUUGGGACCAAGAACAAGAUAUCGCCCCCGUAAAUGAGGAUGAACAGGGAGGAGAGGAUGUAUGGGAAGGUAUGAAAAAUGCUGAAGAGGGCGAUGAAAAGGCUUGA